AUAUAUCUUUACUAUCGUGUUCCGCGGAAUGACCUUGGAGUGGCUAUGCGAAACUUCUUGCAGGUGGCAGCAAUCGCCACAGGCACCUAUGUGGCAAUCACACGAAUUUCCGACUACAAGCACCAUCCGACUGAUGUGCUGGCGGGAAUCCUUAUUGGCACACUAGUGGCAGUCUACACGGUGAGUUUGUUGCGCGUUUAUGGUUUUGUUUAUGCGCCGGUGCAUAAUACCUGCUGA